AUGGGCAAGACCACGCUCUUUGUUGCUGGCUUCGGCUCCUUGAGAGCAAAGGAACUCGCCUACGAAUUUGAACGCUAUGGACGUCUGGUCAGAUGCGACAUCCCAGCCGCCAAAAGCUCGACUGCUAAAUCGUAUGCUUUUGUUGAAUUUGAGGAUGAGAGAGACGCGGCCGAUGCGUAUUAUGAGAUGCACGGCCGUCGUCUUGAUGGCGACACGUUGAACGUACAGUGGGCGAAAAAUGCCCCGUCGUCUUCUUGGCGUUAUGAGCGUCGUGACCGCUCUCCUGUCUACCCUCGUCGCUCUUACAGAUCCCCCUCCCCCUACCGAGCGCGUAGCAGUCGUCGCUCUCCUAGUCCCUACCAUAGUCGCACUUCUCGCCGUAGUCGUAGCCCGUUACCUCCCAGACGUAGCCCCACCCCUCUUGACAAGGUUGAUGAUAGAGACAGGUUGCCGAGUGAACGUCCCAAGGACCACAAGGACGACAGAGAUGACUACCAUCACUCACGUCCUGCCCACGACGAGCCAGUAGUCAAGAGCGAACGUGCCAUCAGUCGUUCACCCAGAGACGCCUGA